GUGUGAAAAAUUAUAGUUGYCCUGCAUCCCUGCCAAAAGGUGCCCCAACCCCGAAAAAAAUACACAGGAAGCCCAAUAUACCAGGCAAAAUGAUUUUUUGAGCCAGCGAUAUUUUAAAGAUGUGUCAGUAGGGAACUUAUGUAAUUCAAGAUGGCGUCCUACACAAAGAUUAGUAUGUCUCUGUUUUCCCGAACGACUGCUCUGUCUGUACGACAGAGUAUUCCUUUGAGACAUGCACCAAAUGUGAAAAAGAAAUCCAAACAAUCUAAAGACGUUUCCAAGAAGAAAAAGGCACCACCGAUCAUUAUACGCAAGCCUAGUGAAAUCGUUCCUCCAAUCGACCCAGACGCGGUAACAAGUACAGAACUUCUUGAACCAGCCCGCCGACGAAWUGUCAAAAAGCUUGACGAAGCUGAAGAGGAGAGAAGAAUUUUGCUUCARAAAGAAUGGUCAAGAUAUAARAUGAAGCAACACAAGGAAGAUUUACAUCGUAUACAAGAAAUGACUAGGUCAAGAGAAGACGCUUUGAAGGAACUCAAGAAAAGUUCAAUGUACUUGUAUCUUGAAGCCAUCAAAAUUGACCAAACACUUUUCCCUUUGCAGUUUACAGGACCUACUGAGACUCCACCUAUUGUAGGUUAUUCCGCACCGGAUUUAGAUCCCGAUGAAAAAAAGAAAAGUCAUUGAUUUGUUUAUUUGAUGAGUAUCACGUGUUCUGAAUUUUUUUUUCAGUUAUACCAAAACACAAAGACAAAAUAUAUUGAUUUUAAGCGUCAAUAAGCAAAACUUUUGAAACAAAAUCUAAAUGCUCAAGCAUACCUGAAUAUAAUAUACAUUGUGGAGUUUGGAGGCUCUAYGAAUGAGUUAGUGACAUGAUAAAGAUGAUAGAGCAGUGUUCAUUUAUUUAUCGAAGGGAUAAUGUCAUGAUCUUAUCAGUAACUAAAGACUCUUUUGCAUCUCUUUACGGUGUUGUCAUAACCAAUAUUUGAGUACUUWGUGAACAUAAGUACUGUUUUCUACUUCAAAUGAGAGUAAAAUGCUGCCUGGAAUAGGUGAAAAGUAACUGUGUACACAGACUUAAUGACAAACAAGAAUAAAAGUGUAAUAGCAUGGGUUUAUGAAA